UCGACUGGCCGAAGCUCGCUCACAGCGCAUCUGCGAAACCUUGAAGGUUAGAUUCUACCAUUAUCGUCUUCUCGUCAAAAUGGACCAAAAAGUAACUGUAAAGCAAAGAGUCUCUGGUUUUUUAAACUUUGUUUGGAAUUCAGAUAACAAGACUCUUCUCGGAAGAGGUGGACGAAGCUGGGCUGAGAUUUGUUUUUUCUAUUUGAUCUACUAUAUAUGUCUGGCCAGUUUCUUCGCCGGUCUCUUGGCCGUCUUCUAUCAGACCAUGGACGGCCAGUAUCCGAAACUGAUGGGCACAGACAGUUUGCUGAAAGGAAAUCCAGGUGUUGGAUUUAAACCUAUGCCAGAUGUCGAUACUACUCUUAUUAGAUACGAACGAUCUGAUGCAAAACAGGUGAAGCCAUAUGUCGACCACAUCAACAAGUUCAUCAAAAAAUACGAGGAGCCAAAAGAUAGCGAUAACAUCGUGAACUGCAGCGGAAAUGCUAUGAGGAUGACGGAAACAACAGCGUGUAAAGUUGACCUUGCGGAGGUCAUCGAGAAAUGUGGGGAGGACUACGGCUAUGCCAAAGGCAAACCGUGCAUUCUUCUCAAACUGAAUAAGAUCUUUGACUGGAUACCACUCCCCUACGAAGGGGACGACCUUCCCGGAAAUAUGCCGGAAGAUCUGAAGCAGAUCUAUGACAAUUCGUCAGUCUGGAUAGCAUGUGAAGGCGAGAACCCAGGCGACCAAGAUAACCUGGGCAAGAUUGAGUACUACCCAUCGCAAGGUUUCUCGAUGCGCUACUAUCCAUACCGCAACCAGAAGGGUUACCUGCAGCCCCUGAUCAUGGCCCACCUGAAGAACAUGGUGCAUCACGUGGGAAUCAUGAUUGAGUGCAAGGCCUGGGCCCGCAACAUCGAGCACAGUCGCAUGCAUGUACAGGGCAGCAUCCACUUCGAAAUACUCGUCGAUUAAUACCCAUGUGGUCUUAGCCACAAUAUUUAAAUUCUUUGUCUGUCUCUCUCUCUCUCUCUCUCUCCAUUUUUCUUCCUGUUUUUUUUUAAAACAAAGAGAAAAAAAAGUGUUGAAAGUGAAAAUAUUUUUUCGAUUAUCUCUUGUGAAUGAAGAAAAAAGUAAAUCUUUAAAACUAUAUUGAUUCCUGAAAACUGAUGUAUUCAUACUUUGGGUUUUUUCCUUCUUUUUUUCAUAAAUGUCAUUAAAAAGAAAAAUGGUCAAAAAAAGACGAUUGUUUUGAUUAUUUCUGGUGAAUGAAGAAGAAAGUAAUUGCUGUUAAUUAUCAAAAAUAUAUAACCUGAUGGAUUCUUACUCCUUUUUUUCCUCUCUUUUUUUUUCUUUUUUUAAAUCGUGAACCAACCCACUUGCAAAAUGUUAAGUCGGUUUCGAGGCAAAAAGGCAUUUUUAAGGCAGAUACAGGAGAUGUUUUAAUUAAAGUAGGGAAAUUUAAAUUAAAUUUGAAACUUUUAAACAGAGUUGUUUGGACUUUAAGAUUUAGAAUUGGAGGAUGUAUAUCUUUGUGAAAUAGAGCCAAUUUUAUAACCUCAACAUUACAUAAUUAUGCAUUGUUAGACUUUUGUGGCAUACCUGUUUGAAAACACUAGUUAAAUAGGCCAGGAGUCGAGAGAAGCUGUAGUAAUAAGAAUACCAUAUAGAUAUAGAAUCGGGCAUUCAGUGUCAAUUUAUAGUUAUGUAGAGAUGAAUAUAUGUUUUCUUGACACUCCUAAAUGAUUUUAUUCUAUGUCUCUCUUUUUAAAAAUUAUUUAGACAUAGAACAAAAAUAACUCUUAGGUUGCAAAUGAUCUAUGUGUGUAUAUACAGAAAUGCACAAAACAAUUGAGGUUUGUGUCUGUGGUUUUCGCUUACGUUACAUCUUCAUUUGUAUUUUUACAUAUUAUUAAUGUAUAUGUACGUUUUAUUUCAUUAAGCAGAUUUUUAAAGUAUUUGGAUUAAAAUAUAUUGUGAUGAAAUUAUUGAGACUGUGUAUAGCAUGGAAGAAAUGAUUAAUUGUAUAUUAUGAGAACGGAAAGUAUAUAAGAAAUUGGUGGAAUUGUACAAGGUUUUGUUUUUGUGAAACAGAUCACCAGAGUUGUGAAAAUGUUUCUUUUAGUUGUACUUGUGUAUAAAUCUUUUAGACUAGAGUCAUAUUGUCAGUGUUACUAUGUUGUAGAUAACAUUAUUGCAAUAAAACAAAACAAAAAAGAAAACAAAUUAUCAUCUUUUAAAGAAAAACUGCACUUAAGAAUCUCGAGACUUGCUUGGUUUCUUAAAAACGUUUCUGUCUUUGGUAUAUCGCAAUAUUAGCCAUAUGUAAUAUAUAUUGCCACAACUAAAAUGAUAUAACCCAUGUUUGAUUGGUUUACAUUAUUAAGUCAUAAAACCAUAAUGGAUAGCCAGUUGGGUGACCAUCUAUAUCAGUACAUGUAAUUUGGUAAGAAAGUAUGUUGAGACAUAUAUUUAUAAUAUUGUGAUAUACCACUGUACUAUUAACAUCACAAACCAUGGACAAUUCUCAUAGAAGAAAGACUAUUCUUACAGACUAGCUGUGUUAUGAAGUGAUUUGUGUCAUUUGUAAACUUACGAUAACCUAAAAAUAUUUCUUGCUAAGGUCUGAAAAAAUUUCUUACCAACGUCUGAAAAAAAUUCUUACUAAGGUCUGAAAUAUUUUUUACUAAUGUAUGAAAAAAUUUCUAGUAAUGUCUGGAAAUAUUUCUUACUAAUGUCUGUAAUAUUUUUACUGAUGUCUGAAAAGAUUUCUUACUACGGUCUGAAAAUACAUUUCUCACUGCCUGAGUAUAUAUCUGUAUAUUCACAACUGCUAUUGUAGAUGGAAAAUGUUUAAAUAUUUAAAUGUUUGGUGUGCAUGUUUUGAGUGAGAGGUAAGUAUGGGAUGAUGGCAGUCAUAAAAGCUUGGUGUGUGUGAUAUUUUGUGAACUUGAGCCACCAACCACAAUGUAGUGUGUGUUUGUGGUUUUUCAUCUCAUUGUUGCAUAGACGGUUUGUACAGGAGAACGUUUAUUUACUACGGUAUUCAGUGAGAUCGACAAGUGUAGGGGUAUUACUUGUUUUUUUCCUUUUUGGUGUGUGAUAUUUAUCCCUUAAACUCCAUAACCAAGAUUUGUCCACAUUCCUAAAUAUAUUGGACGCAACGUUUAUCAUAAAUGUGGUUUGGAUAGUUGAUCCUGGGAUUCUAGAUGAAGUGGAGAUGAUCACCUGAAAUGGGCUAGAAAAUUGUACUUAAGUUUUAUUGAGUUAAAUGUGUCAUUCAUCAUCUUGCAUAAUAACCAUCUCAGAAAGUAUUUAGGCCAUUUUAAAACUAAAGUAAUGCUUAAGAAAAUUUGGUUAUCAUUGUUCUUUGGUGUUUUUCUGAUGCUUGAUGGUUCCUGGGUGCAAUUCUGAGAAAGGAAUAAUGGUAUUGGAACCAAAUUUAUAUGCAUGUAAAGCUGUGUGUGCUAAAAUAAUCGCUCACUUGAACUUUGUCCGUUCAAAAUUUACAGUUCAAUGUCGUUCAAAAUUUACAGUUCAAUGUCGUAUUACUAUGGAAACACUAUUGUUUUAUUUUUAACAUUAUUGUAUUUUGGUUUUGAUAUAAAACGUUUCAUACCUUUUGUCUGCACAUUGGUCUAGUUUCUAGGGGUUUUAAUUGUUUUGUUUACUGGGAUUUUAUUUAUUUAUUCUUCUUUGGCUGGGUUGGGGGGGCGUGUAAAUUGAACAGAAUUAAAUUUAUGAUUAAUUCAUGUAUUAAACCCACCUAAUUUCCAUGGAUGCAUAUAAAUAGAAUUUGUUUUUGUGUUGUCAUUUUGUAUGUAUUGAUGUGUAUAAAGACAUUGAUCCCAGAAUAGCAUUUAAGCUGAAAGAAAUAAAUUUAAAAAAAAAAUCAUAUUUCAGUUGAGGAAAAAAAAAGAAGCAAAGUAUAUGGAUUGUUUGCAAUACGAAUACUCGACAGUAUAACCGUUACAACUUUUUCACCUUUGUAUUAAUAACCCAUGUUCAUUCUUCAUAUGUACCUUUUGGUCCAGUACACCAUAUCGAACCAUUACCAUUUUUUCAUUCAUUAGUUACGGUAGGUUAGAGAGAAAUCAGAUUUUAAAAUGAUUAAAGAUGGUGUCCCAUACAGUCAUUUGAAAUAUCUUUGGGUGAAUGAAAAUAAGUUCAGGCUAGUCCUGCUUGAUUAAGUCAUUUUUAGAUCUGGCUGGGGUUUUUUUUUGGGGGGGGGGGGGGGGGGGGGGGGGGUUAUCUUGCCCAUGAAGUGAGCCUUUCUUUGACAGGUCAGGUCAGGGCAAGUGAAAGGGCUUAAUGUGCACAUUCAGAGCAAGCUGUUGUAGUGCACGCCUGUCAUGGGCACAGGUUUCGCCGUACGCUGGCUCCGUACAGGACAGGAAUUUAAUUGGCAAUUGGACAGAUAGAUUUAUAUACAUUUAUAAUAUUCAGUUAAUACAAAGAUAAGAAUUGCCAAAAAAGAUAACUAUAUGCAACGCAAAAUUCCACAGAAGAAUGUGCAAUUUUAACUAUUUAAGUUAAUACAUGUACCAAAAUUGUUGGCUAAAAAGAAAAAUUAUGUAGGCAGGUAAAUUUAUGUGCGCGAUUUGUGUCUUUAAAACCCCUUUGAGGUGUACUUUACAUACCACAGCCACCCACAUGUAGUGAUACAGAUGAGCGGUCAUGGAGUAACAAGUUUAUGUAGAAAGAUCUUUUCCACUAUUUUAUUUUUGUCUAAAUUCACAAUUUUUAAACACUAAUGUUUUGCUUAAAAACAAAAACAAAUGUAUGUUUGAUAUGUGGUAUAAUGAGAGUUUUUUGGGAUGGUUUGAAGAGGUGGGCUUUUUUCCCCCCCUCCAUUUAUUGGUUACGUUUCAAACUGCAAAUGAGGUGAUUUUAAAAAAAUAAAAACAAAUUUUUAAAAAUAGGUUAUGCAUUUGGAAGCAUAUAGUGUUGGUAAUUCAUGUAUAUUAUGUCAUUGUCGUAGGGCUAACAUCCAUAAAGGUGUCCUGUCGUUUUUCUUCUCCAGGUUGCACUGUUCAUUCUCAUUACAUGUUCGUGGUUAGUGGUUUAUUAAGUACAUUCUCUUUUAUGUCUCGCUUAGAAAAGUUUUCUUCACUCAACUGUAGUACAUGUAUUUGCACAAGUAGGUCUUUUAACCAGGUCUUUGUCGAAAAAUAAAGUUUUUGUUUUAAAAA